GCCCAUGUCCUAACAGGAGGAGAUUCAAACUGAUGCAGCACAUUUUUACGGGGGCUACCCAGAUUGCUGUUAUGAAAUACAAGUCAGAUUUAUGAUCUUUUUCAUAUUGAACAUGAUAUGCUAUGCUAACGCUGCAUGUGACAGUUUAAUCAAAUCCAUUUGUUACCACGAAGCUAAAAGGGGCCGCUGGGAUUUUAGGAUUACGGGCAGAGUUAGGGAAGCAUGUGGCUUUGUCAUUCGCCAUCAUUUUGCACACCGCCACACUGCGAGGGGCUCUGUGUGUGCGCUCUGUCUCGUCUGGCCGCCCUCAUCCCUUCCCCCACCCCCUGCCGCCACUCCGACCCGCUCCCAAAGUGGCUUCACAAUAGUCGGUCCUCGGCGGUGUAGGCUGCGCACCAGGUCCACACUUGAGCUAAAUCCAGGAGACCCCCUUCCACUUCUACCUUGGGCUCUGUGCUCAAUGCGAAGCUGCUGCAACUCAGGCACGCCUAAGUCAACUCAUGCAGAAAAAGGAGAAAAGUUUUGGUAUACAAAUGCUCUCAGUCCAGCCAGACACCAAGCCGAAAGGUUGUGCUGGCUGCAACCGAAAGAUCAAGGACCGGUAUCUUCUAAAGGCACUGGACAAAUACUGGCAUGAAGAUUGCCUGAAGUGUGCCUGCUGUGACUGUCGUUUGGGAGAGGUGGGCUCCACCCUGUACACUAAAGCUAAUCUUAUCCUUUGUCGCAGAGACUAUCUGAGGCUCUUCGGUGUAACGGGAAACUGUGCUGCCUGUAGUAAGCUCAUCCCUGCCUUUGAGAUGGUGAUGCGUGCCAAGGACAAUGUUUACCACCUGGACUGCUUUGCAUGUCAGCUUUGUAAUCAGAGGGAUAUUCGGAGCUAUGGCAGAGACAGGACAUCAAAGAGUCACAGAAGAGUGUAAUCGAUGCUAAACAGAUCUAUACCGAGGGAAGAGAGAUUUUGUGUUGGAGACAAAUUUUUCCUAAAGAAUAACAUGAUCCUUUGCCAGACGGACUACGAGGAAGGUUUAAUGAAAGAAGGUUAUGCCCCCCAGGUUCGCUGAUCUAUCAACAUCACCCCAUUAAGAAUACAAAGCACUACAUUCUUUUAUCUUUUUUGCUCCACGUGUAUAUAAGAAUUGACACAGGAACCUACUGAAUAGCGUAGAUAUAGGAAAGCAGGAUGGUUAUAUGGAAUAAAAGGCGGACUGCAUCUGUAUGUAGUGAAAUUGCCCCAGUUCAGAGUUGAAUGUUUAUUAUUAAAGAAAAAAGUAAUGUACAUAUUGCUGGAUUUUUUUGCUUGCUAUUCGUUUUUGUGUCACUUGGCAUGAGAUGUUUAUUUUCGACUAUUGUAUAUAAUGUAUUGUAAUAUUUGAAGCACAAAUGUAAUACAGUUUUAUUGUGUUACCAUUUGUGUUCUGUUUGCUUCUUUGUAUUGUUGCAUUUAGUACAAUCAGUGUUUAAACUUACUGUAUAUUUAUGCUUUCUGUAUCUACCAGCUAUUUUAAAUGAGCUGUAACUUUCUAGUAAAGAAUUGAAGAGCAAAUCUCUCACUAAUGAUACACAUAUAGAUAAAGCAAGUCUAUCAACAUUAAAAUACUAAAAAAAAAUGAAGACACCCACAAAGCAUUUUAGCAACAUCCAAUAUUAUUGCCACUAUGAUUUAGAGUCUAUCAGUGUUCUCAUUAUAACCCCCUAUUUUCAGGGGGUUAAAGAUCAGCUUUAAAAAUGCAUAAAAAUUUCAUCUUAAAGCACUUUCAUUUUAUACCAACGUGAAAAGUGCCAUUUUUAGAAUAACUUUAAAGCUUAGCAGUUAUCCUUUUAAUAUACUUUUCUUUUCUUUUUUUUUUUUUUUUUUUUUUUUGCUGUGCUCUUUAUCUACACAAUGGCCAAUGGCUUUGUUUUAUUUUUUUUUUUUUCAGCCAUUUACCCCUUAUGUAAACUAGUGCCUUUGGGUAUCAUAUAAAAUUUUUCCAAAGGGUUACUUUAAAAAAAGUGUUACACCACUAUUGUGAGAUAAUUUUAAAAUGAUAAAUUUCUUGUACAAAUUUUGCCCAGAUUUCUCUGUAAGAGCUAAGGGUUUAAUAACUUUAUGGCUUGAUAAAUUUCUGGCACUGAAAGAAUUUGAGUGCAAACCUACUGAAACCAUGAGAAUGCACAUCGAAGUUAUGAUGAUAUUUGAGAAGGUUACUUUUGAUCAGAGCAACAUAGCGCUCACAGAAUUUUCUAGAAGAAGAGAAACAAAGGGAUUGUUAAAAAGCUGAGGACUGGUGAUUAUAUAUUUUUCUGCAUUUACCUGACACUUAUUUUAAUGUUCAAACAUGAAGACUUUAAAAGUUUGACGUGUCUUACUCAUGCUUUUCUUUAAGUAGUUACCGGCUCAGAAUAUAUCACACUUAAGGCUGAAAUCUGCCAUUCCAUUUUUCAAAGGUGAAAAAUUAUUCCCUUACCAACAUGAUAGCUGAUAAAGAAGAAAGCUUUCUAGAAACAAAUUAUGGAGACUGAUUAUUUAAAUUACAAUUAAGGGAAUAAAAAUAAGACUAUGAUCCCUUCUCCUGGGUUGCUGACACUUUGCUACUUUGCUUCUGCUCCCUGGAAUAGAACAGCUUUUCAGCAAACCGAAUUCCACACAGGCACAGUGAAGCAUAUUUUUAUUAGAGCAAAUUUAGUGCUAUGGAUUUUCUUUUUUCUCUACUUUUUUCUUAAUCACUUGUAUAGGAAACAAUAUUUCCCAGUGUUAUUUGCAUACAUAUUUUGUCCUGCCAAUAUAUGCAUUGCCGAUGAAAAUUAAAUGUGAUACCUGGAUUCUUGGUUUGGGGCCAAAAUAUUAAACUGAAAAUAAUGCUGGUGUGGAUUUUAGUUGUUUAAAAAAAAAACAAAGCUUUAUUAUGAACCUGCAUGUGAAUCUGGUUACUGCCUCUCAUUUUUAAGAAAAUGGUUCUGUGAAAAGUGAAUGAUAUGUAUUUUUACAAAUACUUCAUGGUUAAGAGUGUUCAAGUCACAUGUCCCCCAGAUGUGAGAUAUACUGAAAAAAAAAAGAAUUGCAGAAAUAGCUAUUUGGGGCCCACAGAAUAACUAUUAUUUUAGCCUUAGAGCCUUACAUUUGUUUCAUGAUAAGACUUGCAUAGCCAAAACCACAAUCAAAAUCAAACAAAUGGGGGGGAGGGGCAGAGGGAUAUGUGAAAAGUGGUUUUCUUAAGCAGCCCUGCUAGUCCCCAUUAAGAGGUGUCUGAAAUUCAUGUGGAUGUAAAAUUUUAAUUGCCAGUAUCUUUUUCAAAUGAUCUUUUUUAGAUUUAAAUGGUUUUGCAUAUGUUUAUCAAUAUGUUAAAAUACUUGUAAAUUGGGAACAAACUUCUCUAAGCUUCAGGAAGCUGUUCAGUUAUCCUUGCCACCCAAAGACCAAACAAGUUUUUAUUGCCUUUUCUUUUCCUAAAUCUUUCGGGAAUUAAUUCUUAUGCUUUUUACUACAAACAAAAUUACUCACCUGGAUUAAAGAUUAAGGCCUUAAUCUCUUUAGAUUAUCUUUAAUCUCCACGAAAUUGUGAAACCAGACAGAAAUGGGUCAUUUUAUAGCUAAUUGCCCAUAAAUAGUAGCAUUUUUGACCUGAAGUACUAAGCUAAUUGUCUUGACUACGCAAAGUCCCUGAAUUGUUGUCAACUCACCUCUUUGUGUUGUGUGGCCUUGAUGUCACUUAGCUCAUCAUCCGGCGCCUCCAGUAGGACACCUCCAAAGGAGCUUUGAUUUCUAAGCAAGCUCCCUUCCUAACCUGCGUCUCCCAGCGGCUGCCUGCGAUGAAGGACCAGGCACCUCCACUCCACCAGAGUGCUGGCUGAGUUUAAAAGCUGACCUGUGUUUGUAAUUUCACUUUCAUCUUGCUUAAUAAAUAUCUGCUGGAUUCUUUCA